AUGGUACGUGUGUCAUUUAUAGGAAAAAGUGGCAGUGGCGAUAAAGAUAAAUACAAUGAUGAAAAAUUUUCUUACUCAUCACGACGUUCAGGAAAACCAACAACUGAUAGUACUGGUUUUAACAGUGAUCCAGGCUUUUCAAAUGGUUUCGAUAGUUCAAAAACUUAUCAUCAAACAUCAGCUGAUAGUGAUUCAUCGAGUAAUAUUACAUCAGAAUCUCAAUCAGAAUCUGAAUCAGCACAAACAAAUGAACAAGAUCUUAUUGAUAAAACCGAAUUAGAAUUAACAAAAACAGAAAUUUAUAAUGCUGUUCGACAAGCUUAUCAAUUAACUGGACAAGAACGUAAGAAAACAGUUAAAAAAUUAUUAUUAAAAUGGCAUCCUGAUAAAAAUCCCGGUCGUGAACGUUUUGCUGCUGAAGUUUUUAAACAUUUACGUAAACAAAUAGAUCAUUUUGAAAAUGAUCCAUUAACAUCUUUUUUUAAUACAUUUAAUAAUUUUCAUCCAUCACCAUUUUCAGCUUCGGAUCCGAAAUUUAGUUGGAAUAAACAUUCAAGUACAAAUAAAACAAAUAAUCAACAUCCAACAUCAUCAGCAACAACUGAUGAUCGUUUUAGUAGUUUUGAUAAUUUAAAUAAAAAUGCUAAAGAUGACACUAAACGUAGUUAUCAAGAUAUACCAAAUGAAAAUAAUAAAGAUACAAAUGAUCAUAAUGAUACAAAUGGAAAUACAACUAAAAGUCGUUUUAGUCCACAUCGUUCAUCAUCAUUUCGUACAGCACGUGAAGAAUGGCAAUAUCGUCGUCAGCAUGGUUUUCAACGACGUCAUGGAUUUUUUAAUACAACUGAAGAAAAUUCAACAACUACUAAUACAAAUGGUACUAAUGGUCAAACAUCGUCAGCAACAGGAGGAAAAGAAAGUCCAAAUGCACGUCGUAAACGUAAUUAUCAACAAUCAGAAGCUGAUCGAUGGCUUAAACAAGCUCAACAUGAUCUUGAAAGUGCAUAUAGUGAUAUGCAUUCACCAACUAGUCAACCUGCUUAUGAUUGGGCUUGUUAUAAAUGUUAUCGAGCGGCUGAAAAAGCAUUAAAAGCUUAUCAUUAUUAUAGAGAUACAGGAAAAAAUAUGACAGCUGAUAUUCCUGGUUUAUUGAUUGGUGUUGAUAAUGAUGUUAGAGAAAUUGGAUAUAAAUUAUAUAAAUGGAUUGGAGAUCCAAAUCGAAUGCAGUAUCCAAAUGCAGCACGAUUUGCUAAAAUUCCAGCUGAAGUAUUCACAGUUUCUCAAGCUGAACAAGCAAUUGAAUAUACAAAAGAAUUAUUAAAGAAAAUUGAAGAUAUCAUGUAUCCAUGA